AUGGAGCUUUCUGGGGCCAUCCAACUGAAGCUGCCGCCAGCUGCGGACGCCAUGGCCCCGGGCAGCGACGUCGCGCAGGUCCUCCGCGCGAAGAUCCGCUCGAAGUGCUGGUCGCUGCUUGGCGCGGUCUCUGAGCACCCGAGGGUGGGCCACCCCGACAUCGCCGAGCAGAUCCUCUCCUUCCUGCUGGAGCCGGAGGCGCUGGUCCCCUCCGAGCAGGGUGGAUGGAUGCACCCGAGUACCGGUUCGGCGAAUCUCGACCUCUUCUUUCAGACCGUGCCACAAUCUUCGCCGCAGAUCAACCACAGGCUGCACGAGCUGCUGGCGGCGGCGUGGGGCGAGUGUCCCGAGACGUGCAUGCGGCAGGUGUUUAUGGUCGGGGCCACCCGCGAGGGCAAGCAGGACAGGUACUCCUUCUACGACGCGCUGCUGUGGCUGUGGGACCGCCAGCCGGCGUCGGUGCUGGCCAACCUCCACUUGAUGCCCGAGGUGAGCUACUGGAAGUCGCUCCUGGAACUCGUGGCCCGCGUCUGCGAGGGCCCGCGGCGCUCUCUGGAGCGCGACGUGGCGCAGGCAGAAGGCCUCAAGAAACGCACCGAGCCGGGGGCGGAGCGGGGUGCGCGCAGACGUUUCAGGCCUGGCUCCCGACUGGAGCGGGCCGAGGAGGCCUUAAAGAGGUACGACUCCGACCCGCUGUACCGCACCCUGCUCGAGAAGGUCGCCCGCCUGUUCGCCGAGCAGCUCCGCGAGGACCUGGAGACCAUGAAGGCGGGAGGGCGCGUCGGGCUGCGCGCCAAGUGGUGCCCGUCUCUGUACCACUCGUUCGACCAGCGCACGCUCAUCUGCGAGUCGAUCGCAAGGUGGCUCUUCCCGCCCACGCUUCGGCAGCUGGAACAUGCCUCGGAGCGCGAGUACGCCCACCGCGCGCGGGGAAUGCUGCGCGGUGCGCUGGGCGAGCUCCGCGAGUACACGAAGUCACCCGAGAGGCUGAUGUGCCAGCACCGGUGGCCCGAGAUCAAUUGCCAGGCGGUGCCGGCGUUGUGCAUGCGGAACAACGCCGACAGGUUCGCGGAGCACGAUGGCCCCCGCUUCCAGGUCCACCUGGACAAGCUCACGAGCGGCAAGGUGAAGGCGAACGUGGGGGCGCUCUUGCCGCACGAGCUGCUCGUCGAGUCCAGGGCGAGCGAUCCCAAGCUCCCCGCCGAGCUCAACCAGGCCCAGUGGGAGUCGCUAGUUGCCAGGGUGAGGGGCAGCGGCGCUCUUGCAGGCUGCGUAGCCGCGUGCGAUGUGUCUGGUUCCAUGCAGUGCCAGGCGGGGCGCGACUCCACGUGCAUGGACGUGGCGGUGGCUCUGCCCCUGCUCCUCGUUGAAGUGACUGAGAGGCCCUGCGCCCGCAAGCUGACCACCUUCCACGAGGACCCGUCCAUCAUCACCUUGCCUGCCGCAAGGAACCUGGCCAAGCUGGACCGCUUCGCGCGCCGCAUGCCAUGGGGCGGCUCGACGAACUUCUGCAAGGUCUUCGACCUCCUGCUCAGGAUGGACCCCCCGCCCAAGCGCGUCUUCGUUUUCUCUGACAUGCAGUUCUCCCAGGCGGCGAAGGGUGGCACUGACCUCCAGACCGCCAGGGAGCUGUUCCGGCGGGCGGGGAAGCCGCUGCCGGAGGUCGCGUUCUGGAACCUGGUUGGGAAAAGGGGCGCCCCGGCCACCGCGGGCGAGCAGGGCGUGGCUCUGGUGUCUGGGUUCUCGGCAGGGAUGCUGCGCGUCUUACUCUUGGAGGGCGGGCCGCAGACGGUCUUGGAGGGCCUCGGGGUACUCGCGAAGGCGCUGGGCCGGCCGCUCCUGCGAAGGCCCAGGGUGGUCUUCACCGAGGCAGAGGCCGUCGACGUGUUCCGCUGCCCGCGCCAGGCAGCGCCCGAGCGGUGGGCAGUUGCGCGAGCGCUCGCGGGCGCGGGCCUGGCGGACGCGCCGAUGCCGUAG